UCGAAGACCUGGCAAUGGAAACCAUGCUGGCUGCUCUGCGGUCAAGGCCACCGAGCAUGACCGACAGCGCGGCUGUCAUACUUCCGAAGCUACGAACGUUAGAACUCAGCCUCGAAUUUAAUGGCACAUUCAAUGCUGUCCCCUCGACGACAAAUGUGUUGGAUCAGCAAAAAGAGGAAGCUCUCCAGUUCUUUGAGAGUGAUAGUUUCCGACAGAAUCUCUCCGAUAUGCUCAUUUCUCGUCGUGAACGCUCUGCACCGAUCACAUCUGUACGUCUGGCAAGCCGAUAUCUAGACACGCUUGCACUUGCCUAGGAGCGAACAAAUCGUGAACUAUGUAUCCAUCGUCGAUGGAAUUGGGACCGGUCAUGCAAUUGGUUGUCGAAGAUCUGAGCUUCAAUGUAUUCUAGGGGAAGGGGCCGCUACCUCUUUGACAUAUGUACAGUGUUU